AUUUUUUUGGGUAGUCCGUGAGUUUCCUGCAGCUUGCCGCCGGCUUCUUCUUCCCCUGCUAGCUCCGGUUCUUGCUGGAAAAUUCUGGUUCUUGAUCGUUCUGUCAGUUUAGUACGUGAAUUGAGUGCUCAGUUUUUGCGGAGUGAGGUAAGUAAAUUUAUGGUAAUGCUCGUAUAGCUUUUUAAAAGUAUAUUUUGAUUUGUUUGAUGGCGGGACUAAACCCGUUUUACAUAAGUAUGACUGAUUUGAAGUGAAAUGUUUUAUGCUUUUCAUUAAAUUGAGCAUGCCUACUUGAAAUUUAAGUGAUUGUCCUGAUGAUCUGAAAGUGAUUGUGAAUUGUGAUUUUCCUGUUAACUUCUGCCUGUUUUGUCUCUGAUAUGGUCAUGUUAUUUGUGUGCCUGCUAGUGGGAGGUUUAUAAACGCUAGCACAUGUCAACAUGUUAUUGAUAGAACCGGUUUGUUGAGUGACCCUGCUAGUGGGGGUUAUACACCAGCAAAUAGUGUGCUUGCCAGUGGGAGGUUUAUAACACUGGCCAUGACCUAUAGAGGAGAUGUUUAUUUUGAUUCCGUACUCGUACUUGUUUUUCGUGAUUAUACUGGUUGGCAUGCUAUAAGUUUAAUUAAGGGCUAUCCAUAUUUUACUUACUGAGUUAUCUCACCUCGUUUUUCUCGUCCACCAUUUCAAGUAGUGUGCCCCAAGACUCGAAAAUCAAGGGGAGUGACGUGAUAGAAGGCUAGCCAUUUCGAGAUUGAACAUAGAUUUAGAAAUAAAUUAUGAUCUGUGAACCAGAGUGUAUUUGGAGAUUUUAUGAUAUCAGAGUAAAUUUUAAAGAUUCGAUCUUCAGAUUUGGUGGUAUCAGAUUGUGAUAUGAUAAGUUCCGAGCCUUGUGCAUUUGUGGGAUCCUCUCACGAGUGCACGGCGUCUGUCGUGUCCCCGGAUUUGGGUUCUGGGGCGUGACACUCUAUCCAUCCAUCAAUGAAUUUAAAAAAAUAGAAAAAAGGUUAUGAACUCCAACAGUAAAAACAAAGUAAUAAUGUAAUAUACACAUACAACCAGAUAUGUCUCUUUGUCGCAAUGGCCCACAACCGAGGCCCAACCUUUUCAUGUUUGAGACGUGAAUUUCAGGUCGGGUGUCCAAUUCUAGUUGGUGAAUGGUAAUUUUCAUGGUUUUUCUUUUAAUGGCAUGGUCUUCCACUAAGACUCUUUUUUUAUGUCCAUCAAAAAAUGACUUCUUUUGUAUGUUAUAAUAUGCAGCUGUGGUUCAAUUAUUGAUCCCUUUGUAUAGUCAUUUUGCACCUUUCUUUUUGUCCUGAUACUAGCUGAGCAUCUUAGAGAGAAAGACGCCCCAACCUCCCUUUUAAUUCGCAUCAACUUGCAAUAUCUCGAACAGGGCAAUAUUUCAUCAUUCUUCAAGAGAGUUUGAGCGGAAUGAAGUGUCUUUUUCUUCCUAGCUAUCCUUGGAUUAAUUAGACAAUAUAUAUCUAGUUCUUGUUCAUCUACAAUUUCUGUGACUUAGGUGAAAUCUAAAGCUGUUACUGUUUGCAUUUGGAUUUGGCGAAGAUGAAGUUGUAAACUGCUUUUUGUAAAUAACCUUAUUUAUGCACU